GAAGCACGAGGAGCGUCAGUACAUCGUUGCCUGUCACGUCGACCGGGUCUCAACUUUGAAUCACCCUCUGCCCAUCCGUGAACCGUAGACGAACCCUCAUUUCAAAUUGUCGACAACAAAAACUAAUCACCGACGAGAACAUCUUUACGCUCAUUGACGAAGAAUGAUCAUCCGUUCGACGUUUUUAUUAAUGGUGUCAUUCACGUUCGCAAUCGCUGAAGAAUCAUCAGAUGCUCUCUCAGACAAACGUGGAGCUAUGGGAUUUCAAGGAAUGCGGGGGAAAAAGAGUUUUGACACUUUGGACCCGGACGACUUUGGAGUUUUGAAACGCGCGAUCAUGGGUUUUCAGGGUAUGCGUGGAAAGAAAAACUCGAUAAUCACUGACGUCGCGGACGAACUUUUUUCCGAGGAGACUAACAAGCGUGCGCCAAUGGGUUUUCAAGGCAUGAGAGGAAAGAAAGCCUUGUUAGACGAUGAAUAUUACAAACGUGCCCCGAUGGGAUUCCAAGGAAUGAGAGGCAAAAAAUCUCUCGAGGAGAUCUUAGAUCAAAUUAAAAAGAAGGCUACCACGAGAUUCCAGGAUCCAAGAGGCCAAGAUGUGUAUUUGAUCGAUUAUCCGGAAGAUUAUGAAAAGAGAGUAUUGUCAAUGGAUGGAUUUUCAAAUGUUUUCGACAAGAAGGACGAAUUCCCGUGGGAGAAGAGAGCUCCGAUGGGAUUUCAAGGAACGAGGGGGAAAAAAUCAAUCCUUGAUACGUGGGAAAAUCUUGAUAAACCAAGUCUUAUAGAUCUUCACGAUUUCGAACGUAGGAAAGAUACGAUCGAUGAUUACUUAGAUUACUCCAUAAAUCCGUCUGAUUACGACACGAGGGCAGCUGAUUUUCAAGAUAUAGAAAACAGUGGCAGCCCUUUCAAAAGAGCACGCAUGGGUUUCCACGGGAUGAGAGGCAAAAGGAACGCCGGGGAGAUUUAUGGAUUCAAUUCGAGCACUGCGGGCACGACGAUCGGUUAUCAAGGCGUUCCGAAUCUCGCUGUGUACGAAAUUGAGAAACGAUCACCCUUCAGAUACCUUGGAGUUAGAGGGAAAAAGAAUCCACGAUGGGAAUUCCGAGGGAAAUUCGUUGGGGUAAGAGGCAAGAAAGCGUCGACUUUGCAGGCUGUCUUUUAAUGUAUUUCAAUAAGAAGAAACAUCGAAAGGAGUAUGAAUGAAGAUUCGUGAAUGUUAUUAGGUAAUCAGCAGUAAUGUUACCGCUUUUCUUGGUGACAACAAUGGCAACAAAGCAACAAUAAUCAUUGUGUAUUGCUAGUCUUUUUUUGUUUAAACGUGUAUUAAACUGCGCCGCUUGAUAGAUAUAAGAAAAAAACAACGGGCGUUACUUCUAUCAGCGGACUAUACCCGUUAUUAUCACUACAUUCCGUGCAUAGUAUGAAAUAAUACGUUGUUUUAUCUCUUUCGAACUUUAGUUUCAUCCCACAAGCAUGUAUACAGCUCUUAUCAUUGCUUUUUUAAUUUUUGACACAGAAGAACUAUUUAUCUUUUUAUAUCCUAUAUGUUAACUUAAAGCAGACAUAAUAUAGAAGAUUCUAUUUUUCUCUGGAAAAGAAAUUAUCAAUGUACAUACAUGUGUACAGAUAUUUUACAAUUGUUCCCUUAAUGUUUUGUACCCGUCAUAGAUUAUUACCUUUACAAAUAAUUUUUAGAGUACACAAUUAUCGCCGUGGUAUUUGGUAUUUCAUCCCGUGAUUAAAACUUAUCGGUAUUGUGAUUUGUAAGUGUGAAAGUUUCUAAUAAUUUAAGAAAAGAGAAUAAAUAAACCUAUAUAAGUUAUUUGAUUUAUUUGCUUAAUUUAAAAUGUGUAAAAUCAUGGCAAUUAUUCAAGAAAUGAUGAAAAGAAUCCCAUUUACUAUUUCACUGAAGAAAAUAUCUUAUUUUAACAAAUAUGUCUAUUUUUGUAUGUUACAGAAUUUUAAUUAAUGAAUGAAAUUCCUUGUAAAUCGUAUUGACUACAUGUAUCACAAAUUAUACUGAACUGUUUGUUCCAAUUGGUUUAAGAAAUUAGAUAAUACUAUGAGGAGAGAUAGAUACUAGAAAUAUAUGUAUGUGUUGCCAAGUAAAAUGCUUGUUCGUUGUAACAAAAUAUCAUAUGUUUAAGAACUUUAAUAUCAUAAA